AGUAGGGUCGCUGCUCCUCCACGCUCCUGCGGCCAGUGACAGAAACUUGAUCUCUUGGAGGUGAACUAGAGGUAGAAAGAAAUGGAAAAAAAUAACAGGAGAUAAAUUUGGGAGAUAGUAUGAUAGCGAUGACAUGAUUUUACCACAAGAACAGGAAGCGUUUACUAAAUAAUUGUGGGAAAAAAAGACAAAUGCAAAACUUAAUUCCGACUUUAUGUUUUCGUAAUAUUCCUUAACCGAGAAAAAGAAAAUAUACGUGUUCGUAUCAAUUAACUGACACGUACAUUUCCGAGGCUUAUGUAUAAAUAAAGUUUACUCAAGAUCUACAAGUGAACGAAAGAAAGAAAGAAAGAAAAGAAAAGAAAAAAACUAAUUAAUUCGCAGAGAUUUCUCGCACGUGGAAACGCCAAAAACACACAUCGUCGAUCCCAAGAAGAAUAUAUAAAUGCCUGCUGACUGGGCCUCCUGCAGAUUCAGAUAUCAUCUUGAAGAGAAGGAAGUGCGAUAAUCUUAUUUGGUAUCAAGAAGAUGAGGAAGGUAGAAUAAUUCGCAUUACGUAUCUCCAAGAACAUUAGGAAGUCAACAAUGCUAACAGUCGUACAAACACCCUCACUAUGAACCUCCCUUGGGACAGAAAAUGCUCGACAGUGACGAUCGACAACAGAUGUUCCUCUCGUUUCAACACCGGGCUGGCUACUGGCUUCGCGUUGCACGGGCUGUGAAUCAGUGCAAGCAAGGCUUCCCGACCCCCCUGUGAAGCCCUCCCCCAUGGACGCCUCCACCUACAGCGAGCUCGGACACAAGGGCAUCAGGAUGGCGAGUUAUCUGGACCCCUUCGUGAACUCCUCCGAUUCUCUGCGAGAUUCCUUCUCCGGACUCGAGAUCCCCUUCGACGAUGCCCUUGACCAGAACUAUUCCUCCUCCUCCUCUUCCUUCUCUUCCUCCUAUUCCCCCUCGUCUUCUUUCCCUUCCUCCUCGUCUUCGUCCUCUUCCUCCCCUCAUUUCGCGGCAAACUUGUCCCGCGUGGCUGAGGAGGAAGAGAGCCACGGAAACCAGUCUCUGCCGAUCGACAUGAGGUUCAACGACGGCCACAUCCUCCUCAUCUCCUGCUACUCCGGGAUCUUCAUUGUCAGUCUCGUGGGGAACCUGUGCGUCCUCAAGGCCAUCCUGGGGGGAGGAAGGAAGCAGAGGAAAUCGCGGGUCAACCUCAUGCUCCUCCACCUGGCGAUUGCCGACCUCAUUGUAACGACCAUCAUGAUUCCCGUAGAAGUAGGGUGGUCGGCUACAGUUCAAUGGAUGGCUGGGGACACUUUCUGCAGAGUGUUUGCCUUCUUCAGGAUAUUUGGCCACUAUCUCUCAUCUUUCAUCCUCGUGUGUAUAUCUAUUGACAGGUAUUUCGCAGUCGUUUAUCCACUGAGUCUUAACGCGGCGGACCGUCGUGGGAAAAUCAUGCUCACAUUUGCAUGGUUUCUUGCCUUCACUUGCUCCCUGCCUCAGGUGGUAAUCUUUCACGUGGAAAAGCACCCGGAUUUCACCUUCUACGUGCAGUGCGUUACCUUCAACUUCUAUCCAUCAAGUCAUCACGAAAUGGUGUACCACAUUUUCUGUCUGGUGAUGCUGUAUGUAGCACCGCUAUCCAUCAUCAUCAUCUCUUAUGGUGCCAUUGUCAUCACCAUUUUCCAGAAGAGCAGGCUGUCAGACGGUAAUGUAUAUUGGAGGAUCUCCGUUAUGUCUGUGUCUUCCUAUAAAGUGCGGAGUUUGAUGGCAGCGCCUAGGGCCCGAAGAGGCGGCGGCGCGUCGGGGGCAGCAGGUCGUGGUGUCGUGGAUGGCGAAACGGCUUCCGGCCAAACUGCUGCACAUGUGAAGCUUGUACGAGGCAAACCUCACGAUGUCUCUGACGUGCUGCUUCCAAGAGAGCUUUUCGUCGAUGGUGACGCCGAGCAGCUUAUUGUAAUAGACUACGUCGAGGUAAUGGUUCUCCAGCGUAAGGAUGUUAGAGAAAAGUUGGAGCAAGUGAGCGGGCUGGCAGAGUCGUACCCGAACUCUCCCAAGGGUAAAAUGCCACUCUCCUCUCGCAGUAAAUACUCAAAGGCGGAAUUCCCAACUUCCUUGGUACAUCUGACCUCACUUGCGAUUCUGAAGACAAGAUGCACCUUUGAUGUUUAUAUUUUCGUAGUUUUGAUGCAGUAUACGGCCAUCCGUCGCUCCAGCCUCGGGUACUUGGGGAGAGCUAGAGCACGCACUAUCAAAAUGACGAUCAGUAUUGUGCUGGCUUUCUUCGUCUGCUGGACACCAUACGUCGUCAUCAGUCUGUGGUUCUGCUUUGACAGGUCUGCCGCGGAGCUGUUAGACGUGAAGGUUCAAAAGGGAUUGUUUUUCUUCGCGUGCACCAACUCCUGUGUCAACCCUAUUGUCUACGGCAUCUUCAACUUCUGCAAGAAAAAACAGCCAAUACAAACGCAGACGUGGCGCUCGACGACCCUCAACACGCAGAUCAACUCCCGGGGGUUCGAAUGCCGAAGCUUCAAGUCGAGUCGAGUGUACUGGGGGCGACGCGAACAGGAGUCGACGGCUACGAACUCUGAGGCGACGGAUCACACGGCCGAGCUCUUGCUGCCGAGGACGCUCAACUCCUCCUUCCGGGCCAGGUCUCACUCUGGCUCGGAAUCCGCCACGUCAAUCCACCUUCAAACACUCGGCUCCACAUCCAGUAUGUCUCGCAGGCAGAUCGCUGAACGUAACAACAGCGGGAGUUCGCCAUUAACAACACAGUACAGGAACGGCUCCUAUUACUCUGCUCCAAGCAAAUCGAGAUGUCACGAAGAAAACGGGAAUCCUGUCUAAGGAGGAUCUUCUCGUUUUCUGCAAUGAGUAAAAUUUCCCGUUCUCUUUUAUUUAGUUCUUUUUUUUUAUGGAAGGGGACACUGCUAUAAAGUAUUUGCUGGGGAAGAGGUUGAUGAGUGAAGGAUAUUUAAGAUAUUGUAGAUAUUGUGAAAGGUUAUGGAUCUCAUCGGAAAAUUAUAUUUAUCCAAAAGUGAAUGGAAAUGGAAAUAAACAUGAACGAAGAAUGUGUGGAGAAAUACAGUGAAUUUAGUGCACCGAUAUGAACGUGUUAUCUGUGUUGGUGAAUAAUAUGAAUAGAGAUAAAGAAACUAUUAAGAUAAAGAAAGUACUAAGACAGAAUAUUGUGUAAAUAGUGAGGAUGAAAAGAGAUAAAACACUUAGUGCAAUAGAUAACCGCGAAAAGGACAAUGGAAAAGACAACACUAUUUUAUGAUUGAAAAUAAAGAAACAAAGUAAUAUUUAAAACAAAUAAAACAAGUCGUUCAUUAAAACUGCAAUACGUGACUCAGUGCGUGAACAAAACACUAUAUAUAUUCAAAACUGUUCAAAGUGGUUUAUGAUGUUGACCUAAACAUAUCAAUUUUCAGUAGAGACAUUACCGCCAAGGGUAUAUACGUGACUCUUAGAAGUGAAAUAACAUACACUAUUUUUUUCUUUUUUUUAAGAAACAUUUUUAGAGUGAUAUGAAAAUCUGUCUCUCUCUCUCUAUAUAUAUAUAUAUAUAUUAAUCCUCACUCUUCAAAACCAGAUGGCUUCGCACGUAAAAUCUACCGUGAAUGUUUGUCAGCUUUUGUCUUUAAAAAUGUUUCAUUGUAUGGCUUUUUUC